AUGACGGUGACAAUGGCCGUUGCGUGUGGUGUAAGGCACCACAUGCUUAUGCCACUCUCCCGUGGUUUCGCGCUGCCACAAUUUCAGCCAUCGUUGAAGGUAUUGUCUUGGAACGUUGCGGGAUUGAGGUCGAUGCUGAAACAGGAUGAUGGCGCAGAGCUUUUUGCUGUCGUGAAAGAUGAACAACCGGACAUCACCAUCUUGCAGGAGCACAAGCUUCAAGACGUUCAUGUUCCGAAGCACGAGCCCAGCGUCCUGCGCAUUUUCGAUGAAGCCUGCCCUGGCAAGAGACCUUACCGUGCCACUUGGGCCGUUUCGUCACAGCGUAAAGGCUAUUCGGGCACCUGCGCAAUCUACCACAGCGAUGCGGGAGGAGGCGUCCUUGGUGUCGCCACUGGAGGAGUCGACAAGGUGGACCAAUCCGAAGGCAGAAGCGUUUGUCUGAAUCUGGGCUGUGGUCUCCGCGUGGUUGGCGUCUAUGUGCCAAACUCUGGGCAAAAUCUGUCACGUCUGGACUACCGGGUGAAGGAGUGGGACAGGAACCUGCAGAGCUACGUGGCCGAGGGGACGGGCUCUGGUGUCCUCCUGUGUGGAGACCUCAAUGUGGCACAUGAGGACAUCGAUAUCUGGAACGCAGCCACUCCUCGCAUCCGCAAGCAAGCUGGGACCACUCCACAGGAAAGAGAGAGCUUCUCUCGUUUCCUUUCAGAGCUGGACAUGGUGGAUGCAUUUCGCUGGCGUUAUCCAGAUGUGCCAGACGCAUACACCUUCUGGAGUCGUCGACUAAGACACCGGGAGGUGAACAAGGGCCUCCGCCUGGACUACUUCCUUGUCAGCCGUGCGCUUGCCAAGGGAACCUCCCAGGCCACUCUUGAUGACUGUCGCAUUUUGGAUGGCUAUGAUGGCAGUGCGGUGUAUGCCAAGUGGAACGCUGAGAAAUUCAGUGAUGUACCCAGGCUUAUGGACAAGUACAAGGAUCAAGAGGAUGAGAUCUACGAUCGGAUCGUGCGGAAAUAUGUGUUUUGCCGGUCACAGAAGGACUGGCAGCCGCUGAUCGAAGCCAUGUACAGACGCUUCAAUCCCAGUAAGCUCCAAGAGCUUGACAGCAUCUUCGCCAAGUACAAAGACAGCGAGGCUGCUUUGUAUAGAGCGCUUUGUGACAAGUACUUGCAGACAUUGUCCCCAGAUGGUGAGCCCCUGAAGUUCAACGUCUGGGAGUUGGGGACGGACCCGGUGGAGGUAGGUGAGGCCUCGGAGCUCGAGGUCUUGGACUCGCCGCAGGAGGAGGCUCCGCCGAUUCGAUUGGUUUCUCCGAGCCCAUCGCAGCCAGAGGAUAAUGACCGGGAGAACAACGGUGCAGAGGACCCCAAGAAGGAUCGCGAGCAGUCGGAGGCACGGACGUCGCCCCACGAGGAGCAGGAUGCCAGGGCCGAGCAGCCCGGCGCCGCCGAGGAGUUGCUCGCCGCAUCCUUGGCUGCCCUGGAUGCUGAAGGUAAAGAAGAGAAGAAGAAGAAAAAGAAGCGGCGGGAUGGCGAGGCUUUUCCUCCGCCGCUGCCGCGGCCUCCCAGGGAGAGCAUGGCAGGCGUCAGUGACUUCCCCGACGUGAUUCUCGGCCUCACCCAAGCGCCGGCUGAGAAGCUGCCGGACAAGUCAAGGCGAGCAAACAACUCGCUUCGGCCAAAGGCCGCACCGCGCCCUCCCUUGACACAGCCUCAAGAGGCAGGCUCGGGGCAGCCAGUGCCACCGUUGGACCCUGUCCUCGGCACCACGCGAAAGGUCAGGCGAAAGAGGGCCGAAAACGGUGAGAAUGUCGAGGCGUCGGCACCGGAGGGCCGGAGGAAAAAGCGGCGGAAGGUGGCCCCGAGCCGUCCCGGCAAUGCGACGGUCUCUCAGACGGCACCGGCUCUGCCGCCCCCGACCUUGGAGCAGCGGCGAUUGCAGCUGAAAGAGAAGCUGUUUGAGUUGAAGACGCAGAUCUCCACGCAGGCAGUUCCAAAGCAUGGUCCGCCAAUGCCAUUGCCACGCCCUGCUGAGGACUUCUGGGGCCAGCCGAUGAAGGCUUCUCAUGGAAGUGCGUUCGAGCCGGAUGCGGAUUCCUACUCCUACAGUGAGGACGAUGCGGACUGGUGUGCAGAGCGUCAGGCGGAAAGCAGGACAGUUGUUUUGAGGAACAAGUUGGAGGCGCAACUUCGUGCAAAACUGAUGCAUACCAUUCAUCCGAAGGUGCCGGAAGCCGCGUAA